AUGGCAGUACAUGCUAUGUUCAAUAAUGCAGCACCACCGUUACACGUCCAAAGCUUGGAGAAAGCUGUGGAAGUGAAACCGUUAAUCCAUUACAUCGAUGCUUUGGUCAAAGAUCCAAAGCGAGACCUUUACAGGACCGAUGAUGAUAGAUAUAACGAGGAAAAAGUUUCGAAUGGUAUUAUUGAUCGUAAAUCGGAUAAGCGAUUUUGGAAAGGGAUAAUCAAAAACAAAGAUAAAAAAAAAACAAGUUAUAACUUUGCAAAUGUCAAUAAAAGUAGAAGAUGGCUGCAGGAUAUGUUACUGUCUGAAAGUUCUGAAUCCUCUACUGAUGAUUGCACUAUGACACACGAUGAUCUGAUUGUAUUAUUGAAAUUACAUAAACGAAAACGAAAAUACCAGAAUGUAUUUUCUCGUAAGAAGGAGUUAAAACAAUACAAGUAUUAUUCCUCUGGCUUACUUUUGGAAGAAGACAAGUAUGUCGAACCGAAAUCAAAAAAAAAUGCGGAGAUCGAACAUGUUAAGGCUGAAAAAGGAAAAAGAGGUAGAAAGAAAAAAGCCACUAAAGAGGUUACACCAAAGAAAUCGAGUGAAAAGGAUACAGUAAAUGAAGACGGUAGUGUAUCAGUUGAAAAAGUGGUUAAAAAAGUAAAAUCUCGCCGUCAAGAGAUUGAAAUCAUCCGUAGAAAAAUAUGGAUAGCUAUUUCUAGAAAGGAGGCUAUCAAGGCACAACGUGCGAGGUCGAAUAUUCAACAUAACACUUUAAUCAAUCUAAAGAAAGUGUCACAACUCUGUCAAAAAGAGAUCCGUCGUAAAGCUAUUAAAUCUCAACGUACUUCCAAGGAUAUUUUACCGAGGUCAAAGCGAUUGGUCAAAGAAAUGCUUCUAUAUUGGAGAAAAUAUGAAAAAGUAGAAAGAGAACAUAGGAAACGUGCUGAGAAAGAAGCACAAGAGCAGAGACGCUUAGAUGAAGAAAUAAGAGAGGCUAAACGACAGCAAAGAAAGCUCAAUUUCUUAAUCACUCAAACGGAGUUGUAUGCUCACUUCUUUAGCAAGAAAUUAGGAGUCGCUGAAAAAAAUGACGCUACCGAAGAACAAAUAUUAUCAAAACUUGAAGACGGUGAUCAAUCGCGAGAGAUUACAACAAACUCCGGAAUAAUAGUAGACACCAACGUCGAUGAUUACGAUGAUGAUUUAAUGAAAGAACAAGUUAUCAAAAAUGUUCAAGAUGCUCUCAACUUACAACAAGCAAAGACCCAUAAAUACGAUCUCGAUAAGCAUGCCUCAUCUGCUUUUGGAGAAUUCAGUUUAGCAAAUCCAUCAAUUAGUACUGAAACGUCAUUUCCACAGCCAAUGAUGUUUCAAGGACAACUGAAAACUUACCAACUGAAGGGUAUCAAUGGCAUACUGGCAGACGAAAUGGGACUUGGUAAAACCGUUCAAUCUAUUGCAUUACUUUCUUAUCUUUCGGAGACCCAAAAUAUUUGGGGACCAUUCAUGGUGAUAGCUCCUGCUUCCACUCUACAUAAUUGGCAGCAGGAAUUCAUGAAAUUCACUCCAAAAUUCAAGGUUUUGCCAUACUGGGGAAAUCAGAGCGAUCGAAAAGCAUUGCGAAAAUUUUGGUCACAGAAAGAAUUUACCGCUGACGACUCGCCUUUUCAUGCUCUAAUAACAAGUUAUCAAUUGAUUGUUCAAGAUAUGCGAUAUUUUCAAAAGAUUAAUUGGCAAUAUAUGGUCCUUGAUGAAGCGCAAGCGUUAAAGAGUAGCUCAAGUGCACGAUGGAAAAUACUCCUUAGCUUCAAUUGUCGUAAUCGACUACUAUUAACUGGAACUCCAAUUCAGAAUAGCAUGGCUGAGUUAUGGGCACUUUUGCAUUUUAUAAUGCCUACACUAUUUGACUGCCAUCAAGAAUUUAAUGAAUGGUUUUCGAAAGAUAUCGAAAGUCAUGCUGAAAAUAAAUCAGCCAUUGAUGAAAACCAACUUUCACGCCUCCAUAUGAUACUCAAGCCCUUCAUGUUAAGAAGAAUAAAGAAAGACGUAGAAAAUGAGAUGGCCGAAAAACCUUUUAGCAAUUUAUUCCUCUUUGUUAAAAGAUCGGUCUGUAAUCAUCCCGAACUAUUCGAGCGAAGAGAUGUAAGAUCUCCAAUGUGGAUGAAGGCGAUAAAGUAUCAGUUACCAAAAUUAAUACAUAACGAAGGCAUGAAUUUAGCAACUUAUAAAAUUAAGAAAUCAAGAUAUUUUAUGACCGAUCUUAAUCUAACGAACCCUUUCCACGUGUAUAACUCGUUAUUCAAAGUAUCCACAUUAGAUUAUUCCAAUGGUUACUCCUUUACAAGAUUUAUUAAUCUUUCACCUGCUGAAUUUUCAGCUAUUACUUCUUCAUUAAAUCAGACAAGAUUAUCAAUGAUGAAUACCACAAUGGAACAUGCCAUUCAAAUAUACUUUAGACAUAUGUUAAGAGUAAACUAUCCAGAAUGUAGAGAAGAACUUUAUAGUUACACGAAAAAUUAUUUCUUGAUACUGUGGCCGACAUUUCGUUGCUCUUUUCCUUCAUCUCGCUUUAGUAGUUGCCUUCGUAACUUGAUAUUUACAAGCUAUACGAAUGCUGUUAUAUCUCAUCAAGAUCACCACAUUUAUUCAAAGGCUUCAGCUAUCCACAAUAAUAUUUUGGCUUCGGUGUGCUCGUCGUCUAUUACUCAAGUCUCUAGUUUAGACGGUGGUAAUGAAGAAAAUGUAGAGGAAAUUGAUGUGGAAACGUCACAGAAAUUGAAUAAUACGUCGUCACCUAGCCAUCAGGUUACGAACAGUAAAUCCACCAUACUUAAAACAAUGCCUACGACAUGCCCGUCAUUUUUAGUUUGCUAUAUACCGAAAGCUAUUGCUCCAAAUGUUAGUACUUAUUGUGUUGAUCGUGGUGCGGCCAAUAAGGACAUAGAAACAUCAUCUAUGAAAAGUCUCUCAAGUUGGUAUCCUGCACGGAAAGGCACCAAGUUACGAGAGGGUCUUCAUACUAGUCUACGUAACGUAAUAGAUUGGGAAGUAGUACGGCCUCUCAAUGGAUGGUCAUAUAUGGCAAUUCCGGAUAAAAAAUCGCUAGUUACAGAUAGUGGAAAAUUGCGAAUUUUAGAUGUGCUACUUAAAAAAUUAAAAUUUGAAGGACACCGCGUCCUGAUCUAUUCACAAAUGACGAGAAUGAUUGAUCUAUUGGAAGAAUAUAUGGGAUUUAGAAAACAUAUAUAUAUGCGAUUAGACGGAUCGUCCAAAAUAUCUGAUAGACGUGAUAUGGUAGCCGAUUUUCAAAGUAAAUCUGAUAUAUUUGCGUUUUUAUUAAGCACAAGAGCAGGAGGUCUAGGAAUAAACUUAACCGCUGCCGAUACCGUAAUAUUUUACGAUAGCGAUUGGAAUCCAACUGUUGAUCAGCAAGCAAUGGAUAGAGCUCAUAGAUUAGGUCAAACAAAGCAGGUAACUGUUUAUCGUCUGGUAACAAGUGGUACUAUCGAAAAUCGUAUAUUGAAACGAGCUCAAGAAAAGAGUGAGAUUCAAAAGAUGGUAAUUUCAGGUGGAAAUUUUAAGCCAGACGCUUUGAAAUCUAGAGAGGUUGUUUCGUUAUUGCUUGAUGAUGAUGAUUUAGAGAAGAAAUUUAAGCAAAAGGAAGAGGAAAGAAAAGCCUUAGGUGGGCAAUCCAAAGAGCGGAAGAAAAAGAGAGAAAAUGGAACUGAUAAACCACCAGCCAAACGUGGAAGAAAGAAGAAACAGCCAGUUAUUGUAGAUGUCGAAACUAUCGAUAAACCGAUUGAGUUUGUAACAAAUAGCGCGAACGGAAGUUUAUCUGGACUGGAGGGAAUGUCGAUAGAUGGUGAAAUUGAACAAGCAGAUGAUAUAGAUAAUGCUAAUAUCUCUGUUACCGAAGUUGGUAGCGAAACUUCCAGUAUUCCUGAUAAUCAAUUACAGAUGUCGCCUAUCGAUGUCGAGAAAAGUCGAGGUCGAGGUCGAGGUCGAGGUAGAGGUAGAGGAGUAGGGCUGGAGGCACAACUGGAGGUGCAGGAAGUACAAGAGGUCGUCGGUCCACUAGAGGGAGUAGAGGAGGACGUGGCGGAAGAGGAGGCGGUGCAGCUGCUGCGGCAGCUGCGGCCGCUGCUGGUGCUGCAGCAGGAGCAGCCGCCGCAUUUGCCGCUUACGGUUACAAUUUAA